AUGACGACUCCUUACAUCAAUUCUUGGGAUGAGUACGUUUCCAGGUACAGUACCUGCUCGUAUGAAUGCUUCUUCAUUUCGCAUAACAAGCAGGUCCACUUUGGCUACUACACCAAAAGCUGUGAGCUGGCCUACCUAACGGAAUCCAGGUUGGUUUGCUGUGAAGGAUACUUCGAUUACGGUGGAGACUGCUACCCAGUGUGUAAGAGUGGAUGCCCGAAUGGGCGCUGUACCGGACCGGAUCAGUGUACUUGCAACGAGGGAUACGUCAACGUGUUGAACGAGUGUAAACCAAAGUGUUCAAGCUGCGAGAACGGACGCUGUGUUGCACCGAAUGAGUGUGUCUGCGACGAGGGAUUCCGGAAAGACUCCAACGCGGCUUGUGUUCCAAGCUGUAAAGAUGCUUGCAUCGGGGGACUGUGCGACAGGGAUGGACACUGUGCCUGCUCAAAGGAACAGUUCUUCAAUCCGAAACUGUUGGAAUUUGGUGUCCGCAAUGGAACAGUUUGCACAGGAAGGUGCGACAAGCCUUGUCAGAAUGGAUACUGCGUGGGAAGAAAUCGCUGUCAAUGUCUCAACGGAUAUCAACCAUCUAAAGUUGAUCCUUUUGCCUGUACUCCCGUGUUUGAUCCGAGCUAUGUCGAUUGCACUGGAGGAGUCUGUGUGGCACCAAAUACCUGCAUUUGCAAAACUGGCUACACAUUGAUUUCGGGCAAGUGUGUUCCCGUUUGUGACCCGGAGUGCAUCAAUGGCAAUUGCGUGAGUCCGGGACAGUGUUCUUGCUUGAGCGGGUAUCACAAGAUUCAAGAAUCUGACUUCGAAUGCAUCCCAACUUGUGAUCCACCCUGUAACAAUGGAAAAUGCGUUAGUCCGAAUACCUGUGAAUGCUUCCAUGGAUUUGCGGGUUCACUGGAAGUUGCGAACCGGUGUGAAGCAACAUCUGUGUUCGACCGAAUCAGUGCGAAUGCUGGGAAGGACACCAACGCGUGGACGACAACGCCUACUGCCAUCCAAUUUGUGACGCAGCUGAGAUGGAUUGCACCUACUUCCGAGAACAAUUCCAGAUACUGUAGUCCGACGUGCUCACAACCGUGCAAGAAUGGGAUUUGCACUGCACCAAAUGUAUGUGAAUGUCAUGACGGGUACAAUCAAACUGAAUUCGAUGAAGGGUGCACUCCUAUGUGCGAAGAAUCUUGCGAGAAUGCAAUCUGUUCGGCUCCAAAUGUAUGCAGUUGCCUGGAAGGAUUCGUACCGUUGAACUCCACCUUUGUGGAACAUGUAUUGCAGCUCUGA